AGGGCAACGCCUUUGGGCACUGCCACAGGCUGGUGGCAUCACCAGGACACAGGGACACCAUCCUCCUCCUCCCACUUCUCUGGAGCACUGGUAGAGCACAAACUUUGCUCCGUGCACCCUCGGGAGCGCUCGGGCUGCCCUCGCCCACCCCGCUGCCUGUGGGAUCCCCUCUCUCCGCGCACCGUUCCUGCUGGAGCCAGCCUUGAUUUCCAGCUCGCUGCUGCCAGCGCAGCUCCCGGUGCUGCCGGAUCCGGCCCCGCGGGCUGCCAGGAUGCCCCCGACGGGCGGCAGGAGGAUGCUGGCACUGGCAGGCCCGGGCGGCAGCGCGGCGCUCCGGGGGCAGCAGCACUGCCAAAUUGGGGUUCUAGCCCUUUAAAUCCGAUCCGGUACUGCAAAAAAAAGGACGAGCGAGCAGGAGAGAGCCUUCAGACUCUUUUAAUUAAAGCUUGUACCAUAUUCUGUAUUCCCAAGUCACGGCAGCCGCCCGCGCUUCCCCAGGACACGGCGGGCUCCGGCUCCGGCUCGGCAUGGACGGGCACCGCGCCGCACCGGGCACCGGCGGCUGGAGAGUCGCGCUCCGGGCUCGCCUGGCCCCAUGAUGAGCUCGCCCCGCGCCCGGGCCCCGCCGACUCGAGUGCCCGAUGGGGCUGAUCCAGGAGCCGGCAGAGGGGCAGCCCAAGCGUGAAGGUGGCCGCGGGGAUGGGGCUCCCGGCGAGAAGGAGGAGCCGCCGCAGCGGAGCCGGCAACCGGAGUUCCCCUCCUGGCAAAAGAUGCCAUUCCACCAUGUGACAGCUGGCUUGUUGUACAAGGGCAAUUACCUGAACCGCUCGCUCUCGGCUGGCAGCGACAGCGAGCAGCUGGCCAACAUCUCUGUGGAGGAGCUGGAUGAGAUCCGGGAGGCUUUCCGAGUGCUGGACCGGGAUGGGAAUGGCUUCAUCUCCAAGCAGGAGCUGGGCAUGGCCAUGCGCUCCCUGGGCUACAUGCCCAGUGAGGUGGAGCUGGCCAUCAUCAUGCAGCGCCUGGACAUGGAUGGGGAUGGCCAAGUGGAUUUUGAUGAAUUUAUGACCAUUCUAGGACCUAAGCUGGUGUCGUCGGAGGGCAGGGAUGGCUUCCUGGGGAAUACAAUAGACAGCAUAUUCUGGCAGUUUGACAUGCAGAGGAUAACACUGGAGGAGCUGAAGCACAUCCUGUACCACGCCUUCCGCGACCACCUCACCAUGAAGGACAUCGAGAACAUCAUCAUCAACGAGGAGGAGAGCUUGAACGAGAACUCUGGCAACUGCCAGACGGAGUUUGAAGUGCACGCCCAGAAGCAGAACCGCCAGACGUGCGUGCGCAAGAGCCUCAUCUGCGCCUUCGCCAUGGCCUUCAUCAUCAGCGUGAUGCUGAUCGCGGCCAACCAGAUCCUGCGCAGCGGCAUGGAGUAGCUGGCACGGCUCGGCUCGGCUCGGCUCGGCUCGAGUGGUCCUGGCACGGGAUGGCCGCCAUGCAUGCGCACCCGGGAGAGCUCCCGCCCCGAUCCCACGGCACCGACACGCGGGCACAGCCGGCGCCUGCGGCGGGAGCCGGAGCCAGCAGCGUGUCCUGUGAACCAACCACAUCCUUUUGGCAGGGACAUCAAAGGGCUGUUCUAAUGCUUUAAAGGUUUUGUUUCCUAAUGCAAUAAUCCCACAUCCAGGAGUCCCGAAUUAUUGCUUCGAAACAGCAAUGGCAGCGCGGAGGACGCUCAGAUCCGGCGCUCUGCGGGUGGGAGGAGGCCCAGCCUCGUGACUGGUCCUGACCCAGGGCCCAGUGACUGUCCCACGCAGCUCCCGCCGGGCCCGCAUUCCCAGGAAGUUCAUCGUAGCAUUGCCACAAGCAAGUCCUGUUCCUUUUGUUCCACGUGUUCCAGCUUCACUUUCCUUUUCCCUUAUGACCAUGCCAUGGAGUUUACGGCAUUAGAGGGGAGCUAGAGCAUCCUUGUACAGUAUUUUCUGAGGAAAAAAGGGGAGAAUUUGCCAGCACCAUACAAAAUGUCUAUUUUUUGCUUCAUCAACUCCACCUUUGACACGAGACUGUGGGGUAGCAGGAGUCUGUUGGACGUUUUUUUCCGACUGUGAAUCAGGGCUUGAGGAGCACCCCUUGUUUUCCCACCUGGGCAUUGCUGAACUUGUGCAAAGUCUUCCAAGGGACUCUGCCACCACCAGCGCCAGCUAAACCUCCCUCUCCUCUGGCCUCUCUGCAUAUUCAACAUUUCCUCUCCAGCAGUUUUACCCUUCUUCUUUAUUGGUCUUCAAGAAUUUUUUCCCAGGUGAAAAUCCUGAGGGAAGCUCUUCCUGAGCUUUCCUCUCCUUUCCUUGCCUGCACAAUUUUGAUUUAUUCUGUUUCAUGCGGCCUGGUUAUGAUCUGCAGUGAAACCUCCAUGGUGAACAUCAUCCUGUGGAGGAGGUUUUAUUUUCUCCUACAUGAUAAAGUGUUGAUUUGACCAGCCAACUUCUCCAUUCCUUCCCAGGAUCCAUCCCACCAACCCAUCCCAUGGCAGGCUCCGAUGGGGGCCAUUGGAAAAGCUGAGCUCUGCAGGAGAAGAAGGAGCCCAACCUGAGCCCACCCUGUGUGCUUGGAGUAUGUCAGACUUCCAGGUCUGGGGAGCCUUGGGUGGUUUUCCUGGAAUACAUUUUAGGGAGCAGCAAGGAGAAGAUGGAAUGGAGCAGAGCAGGGACACCACAGGGGCAGUGCAAGCAGCCAGUUGGACUUGGGAAGGUGUUUUUCCUUUGAAACUUGACACAAAUCCAUGCAUUUCCCUUUGGAGGAACUAUGCCCCUGGGUGCCACACCAGGACAGAAAUGAUCUCCUGCCCUCCUGGGAGAUCCCAGCUGGUGAUCAUGGAGUGCUCCAAGGCAGUUCCAUGGAGGCACUCAGGUGCUGGAGUGGGGUGGCUGUGCUGGGAGAGCUCCAGGCACACCCAGGACCCCCGAGAUGUUGCUCCUGGAGUGGAGGUGACUGUUCCCUGUGCCACAGGAGGGGCAGGAUGGUUUCCCCAGGGCUUGCACAGCCCCAGCUUCCCUCAUCCCACCCUGCAGCCACUGACUUACACUGGAUCCAUCCCCAACACCUAUUCCAGCUCUUUCUUUUCUACCACUCUGAGUGACAUUUACCUGUAUUUUUAGCAGCCUAAUUUAAAAAUCUGCUGUUCCUUGUCCUGUCUCCCACCACCCCUUUAAACUCAUGUCACUUUUAGGUGUCUCAGUGUCCCACCUCCACCUUUUCCUGCCAUUUUCCUGGUGUCCCCUCCAUCCUAAAGACAACACCUUUUCCACAGCAGCUGAGUUGGUUUAUUCUGCCUUUCCCAAACACAUAAUUCCUGCAUUUCUGUUCUGCUGUGACCAAUAGAGGUGAACUGCAGAAUAUUCCAUUAAAAAAUGAUUCUGUCUCUCAGAAGACAGAGAGAUUUCCAUUUGCUACAGGGCAGCACCAGAAUAUCUGUGGGAUAUUCUGGUGUGGGAUUCUCAGUACUGGGGAACCCAGACACAUUUUCUGUGCUGAGCAUUGCAGAUAAUGAACUUGGAGAUCAUUUUGAGGAAAUUCAUCCCCACUUUUAGGUCUCAGGGCUCUGUGGAAAGGUGGCAGCUGUGAGAAAAAAGUCUAAAUGUUCCUUGCCACCAAGGAAUACUCAUUUUGUCCCUGGGAUUGUGCUGGAGUGAGCAUGGGCAGAUGGAGGUGGAGGGGAGGGAUGGGGGAGCACAGGGUGGAGCAGUGCCUCCACUGAGCCCAAACCCUCAACCCCAAACCCACAACCCCAAACUCACAACCCCAAACCAGGCAUUUCCCCACAUUUCCUCACCCAUGUGCCACAAACCCCCAGCAGACUCCAGGCCCAGCAGCACCUCAUGCACAAGGAUUGUCUGCAUUCCUUGAAGCUUUCUGGAAUGCUCCAGAAUUGCCUCCUGCAUGCCCCAUAGACCUUUGUAAAUAGUGCCAUUCUCCAGCCCAACCCUUCCCCUCCCAGCUCCAUUUGUAAAGCCAAACCUAUAAUGAAUAUAUUGGUAAAAGCCAUAGCCUGGUGUCAGUAGAGUUCAUUGCACAACUCCCCACUGAUUUUACUGGGUACAGGAUUUUUGGGGCUUUGGGGUGUGAUUUUUCUGUAGGGAGCCUCACUUUUCCAUUAUGAAUCAGGGUCAUGUCUUGCCAGAGGUCUCCUUUCCCUUCCUAGAGCAGCCUUCCUCCAUCCCCAGGCAUUGUGAAGAGAUCCCUUCUUUAAUCAGUGGCUCCUGGCAAUGCAGGAUGGAUCAGGCCGAGCUAUUCCAUCCUUUCCUUCCCCACAACCUUCCCAUCCAGCAGCACUGAAUGUCUCCUACCUCCCUCCCUGGCUCCAUUUAUGUAACAUCCAUUUAUCUCUUUUUUUUUUUUUUUUUUUUUUUUUUUCUACACAAGAGGGGAAAAAUAGGGCUUUUUGCUGCUUUUACAGACAGGAGGUAAAAAUAGAGCAGUAAAAUUCUGAUUGGAACCUGAUGGCAAAAGCUGAGGGGGGAGAAAGCAGAAGAAUCAAAGACAUAAAAAUAAAAACCCCACAUCCCAUACUUUAAGGAAAAAAAAAACCUUAUUUAAGUGCUAAUUAACAUACUUUAAAAAAUACCCAGACUGCAGCAGAGCUGUCAGAAAAAGCUCUAAACUUCUGCUCUUGCCAGUUCCAGGAGGAUUGAAGUGUCUUUUCAGCCCUGCAGUUCUGGAGGAACAGGAGAUUGCCAUGGCAACGCUGGCUGUUCGUGACAUGGGUGCCACCGUGGCAGAGCACACAUGAUCCCAGACUGCCAGGGAUGGGCAAACAGCUCCCAGCACUGGCACAGGGGCUUUUCAUGGAUUAGGAAAUUAUUAGGAAUUCGUGAGCAACUCUGUUGGCUUGGCCACAAAGAGCUGUGUGCAAUUAAGGGGAUUGACGUGCAGGGAAGGCUUCAAAAGGGACGUGAUGAUUUCAGCCCCAGAGAGGCUUUGGUUUAACUCAGGAGGGAGUGAAAUCCUCUCAGCCUGAGCACUGCCUGUCCUGGGCUGGCUGAGGACUCUUUGGGAAGGUUCUCCAUGUGGGGAUCAAGCUCUGGUGGGAAGGAUUUGGGUUCCUGCUCCUGCACCCCUGAUCACCACUGACCUUGGCUUCAGCCACUGGCUUCAGCAGUGAUCCUGAUCCGUGCUCCUGGAGAAGCCAGCAGAAGGAACAGCAGCCUCACCAAUGCUGAAAUAAUUUGGAGGGAAGUGAAUUCCAGCAAAAGCUGCUGAAGGAACACUGCUCACCUGUCAGAGCCAAAGCCAUUCCUUCAGGGCAGCCAUGAGAAAGCCACAGCUGGGGAGUUCCAGGCAGGGCAGAUGCAGUGGCUUUGUCCUGUGCACUGCCAGGAGCUGGACUUGAGGUCCUUGUGGGUCCCUUCCAACUCAGGAUAUUCCAUGAUUGUGGUGCUGGUGGCCCAGGAGAGCCAGUGACACCUGGGAGGUGUCACCUCUGGUGCCACCCAUGGGAGCCUGGCCCCUCCACGAGUGCACCACUGAGGAGGAAUUUCUGAUCAGAACCAAUGUCAGCAUAAUUGCAAGAUUUAAAUUGGAAGUCUUGGCUUUGUUAGGACUCUGGUCCUCAUGCUGUGGGAGGUAACAGGGAGUUAGAGAGAGUUCACAAAAUAAUUCUCCUUCCUGCUUGAUGGGCACCCCCAUAUCCCCCAGUCGCUGCCAGCACCUGGGACAGUGAUCACAGAGCCCAGGUCCAGGGUGAGCAGGAGGGUGGGAGGGAGGAGCACCCCCAGCUCCUGUCCCUGCUCCCCGGUGAGCCAGGCUGAAUUUCUGGGUGAAAUCCAGUUCAUGAGAGAGAUUCCAUCCCGGUUAUCCAGAGGUUUCACCUGUUGGACACGUGCACUGGCAGGGCUGGAUGUUGGUUGCUUUAAUUCCAGCAGCUUGGGUACCCCCUCUUUAUAAGCUGGGCUAAGUAAAGAGGGGUUUUAAAUCCAGAACUCAAAGGCAGGAAGCAGGCAAAGCAAGGCAAGCUAGAAAACAUUCCCAAAGCUGCCACUCUGGGUGGCUGAAAUCUGUUUGGAUGAGCCGAGCAGCCACUGGUCCUUUCUUCCACUGAAGUUUAGGAAUAUUUUGUCCCAAAACCCAACUCUGCAUCCUCCUGCCUGCUGGAGAAGAGCCAAACAUCUCCUGGGCCACCCCUGGCACUGGGAGGGGCUCCAUUCCUGGAGAAGGCCCCAGGACAAAGGGAGACUCAGCUUUUCCCAUGGAAAGCUCAGCCCCUGCACGUGCUGGGAGCUGCCAGGGCUGUCACCACCCCGAGGUGACAGGAGCACAGCCCCCGUCAGCCCUGCAUCAGUGAGGGGAGAAGCAGUGGGAGGAAUGACAUUAAAAUCUCUAAGAAUGAAGUCCCUUAUUUUACCCACCCCUGUAAUCCAUGAUUUAGUUCCUGCUUUAUGGAUGAGUGUUUGAAAGAAGAAAAACCAACUCUUCUAAAAAUGAGAAUCUGAUGAAGUGUCUUUUUUUCUUGGCUCUGAAUCAUGCUUCCAUUCCACUGAUGAAGAUGUACAGAACUUGCUGGGUUUCAAUCUAUUAUUUUACCCUCCUGUGCUCUGACAGGGCAAUUACAUUUCCCUGGCAUCACUUAAAACCUGUUCCUUUCCCAGGAAUUUAUUGCAGAAAAAGAAGUUUCACCACAUUUUCAUAUCUUUAUGUUGUUGGCUGCUAUCAGGAUGGGCUCUGUAUUUCUCCAGUUCAAGAAGGACAUUUUGGGCAGCUCUAGGAAGUGACAAAGCUUCACCAAGAGCAAGGUGGGCAGAAAAUCUAAGACCCUUUUAACUGGAAAUGUGAUCACUUGCAGCUUUCCAAUGGCAAAAGUCUGGAAAAGUGCUGUAAUUUGGCAUCUUCACUAUGAAAUAAUUGCAGCCCCAGAAGAGGGAGAAAGGAGAAAAAAGAAAUCCUCUGGAUCUAGAGCUCAGUACUUGACAAUUUGAUGAUGAAAGUACCACAGGGUUUUUUUUUUUAUUUUCUGCCAAGACUGACCAAAAUACUUUGUAGCCUUGAAAACCAUUGCUAGAUGAAAUUGCCAUUUCCCACCCAAUCAUUUCCCCAGCUGUUCCUGGCCUGUCUUUGCCAGCAUCCCAAACCAGCAGCUGGAUUUGCCCCUCUUUAGGUGAGAUCCGUGUUCCAGCUUUCCUUUCCCAGCUGUGUCUCCAUCAGCCAGCCAGGAGACCUUGGGAAGCUCUGGGGUGGCUCUGGUGCCACCAGCCCUUGGGCACCUUGUGUGUCCCUGCUGGGGGCCAUCCCAAAGGGUGCAGGUGAUGUUGGUGACAUCAAUCCCCAAAUCCCUGCUCUGUUCCCCCUGCAGCAGCCCAGGGGUGGGCUCACCCUCCUGAGCAUCCCCUCCAGAGCAGCCAAAGCCCUUCCAGCUGUGGUUCCUCAGAUUUCUCUGGGCUGGGUGAGGAGGGGAGAGCAGGUUACCUGUGGGCCCCAGGGUCAGUCAGAAAUAACUCAUUUGAGUUAACUGGAAUAAGGCCAGGAGUCAGGCUGCUGCCAUUUAAUCCAUAGCAGGAUCUAAGGAAUCAAUUCCUUAUUAGGAAUCCUCCUGAUUCAUCUCUAGGAAGGUCUCCACUAAUCCCUGUGUCUCCCUUUUGUCACCAGCUCAUGUUUUCCAGCCAUUUACUGUUCGUUUAUAAACUCACUGGGUUUUUUUGGCUCGUUAACGAAAGACAUGGCUUUUUAAUUAAAGAAAAAACUUCACAAAGUCAGCAGCAUAGUAGUAAAAAAAAAAAAUCCUAACAAAAAACCUUUGUACAAAAUACUGUAAAUAUUAAUAUAAAUUAACUGGGCAUGCAACUGAAAUAAAUCCUAUGUUAUUACAAGUUAUCUGAGUGUAUAAAGGAGUGUAUAAAGGAAAACUGAAUGCCAUAUGUAUCAGCUGUUCCCUCUAACCAAACUCUACUGUAAAUAUAUAAUCUGUAUAAAAAUAUUUUAAUUUUACCAUUAUUUAUGCAAUAGAAAUAAAGGUUUUUUUCUUUUGAUGAA